GCUUGCAGUCUGAACAGACAGACAUACGCGUUCGCUGGCACGGGCGUCGUCUGGAAUAUUACUGGUGCGCCCUAUACGUCUCCACGUCAACGACCGGGGCAGGCUGCGCGUAAAUCCACUCAAGUUUCUCUCACAAAACCACGGCCAAGACUUUCGACGAAAAGAGCUUAUAGGUAGCUGUCUCUAGACACGAUCCCAGGGCGGCGACCAGCGACGCUACCCAUCCAUCUGAUUCUUCGUUUGCAGAUACGAAGCACCGACUAUUUCUCUACAGCCGCUUGGAUCAACAGACGCAUAUGGGAACAAGCAAGGCAUGACCAUGCCGCUCAGCGCGUUCUGCGCGACGGCACUUCGGCCACGUUGGCCCAUGUCCCGGCGAGCACAACCGUCGCGAUCAAUACGUACUCGUCAAAAUACGAUAUAGAGGAUCCUGAAUGGCUGCCCGUGGGAGUGGGCGCCCGUGCGGUAGAUUGAUUGCGUGCUCUUGGAGCAGGUGGCGGACGCACGGAUUCCUGCGGUACAUUCCUCAUAUGGCGUUCCCGGCAGAAGUUUGACGCAUCGACACAGUCAAACAUACAGCGGCUUCAAGGUCGAGAUGGGU